UAUUUCAUUGACAAUGGUAAUUUAUUGCUUCGUUGAAGGUUGCAAAUCAUCCAGAUAUAAAAAGGCAAACGAGGAUAACAAGAUUUUCUUAACAUUUUUUGGAUUUCCAAAGGACCUGAAUCUUCGAAAGAAGUGGGAAGAAGCCCUUAUUAAUUCCGGUCAUACUCAAAAACAUGUGGCAAGGAUUUCGAAAUACAGUCAUAUAUGCAGCCUACAUUUUACAAAAAGCUGCAUCAAGACUAUUGGUCUUUCAUGUGGUCGGUUGAAACCGAACUCUGUGCCAACAAUAUUUCCAAAUGUACCAAUAGGAAGUACGGCUGAUAUAAACAAUACUGAAUCAUCUAGUACACCAUCCGUGAAAUUAGAAAGUGGUCAAUGUGAAGAAGAAAUUGAAACUGUUCAAUGUAAAGAGGAAAUUUAUGAAACUCCUUCAAAAAAGCGAAUCUGUUAUGCAGGUGAUAUAAAAUUAGGAGAAAUAGAAAAUAUGUCACCAAACACGUUAAUCAAAUCAAUGCAAGUAUUGAAGAAGUCAUGCGACAAGGACAAAAUGAUCCAUCGAUUGAGAGUACAUCAAUAUCGCCAAAAGAAGAAAAUUAGCUAGAAACAGCUUACAGACCUUGGUGUAUAAACUUCGUACAAAGAUCUCCUUUCUCAGAUUUCAUCAGACAUUGUACAGGACCUGUAUUCCAUACACACAUCGACAGUUGUCAGUUAAAAAAGUGUCGUAUGGUUAAAGGAUAGGGUAUAAUGUGACAAAAUAGAUACUUGUAAGAUGUUGCUUGUGUAUGUACAUAUAUGUGAUAUUAAAUGUAUGGAAAUGGAA